UAUACUCAUUAGUAUGCUAUUAGUUGUAGCAUCUUACAGAAUACAUAAUCAUUAUCACAGUGAUAAUAGGAAAUGUCAAAGUCUAUCUUUCUAGUUCUUUUUUCUUUUCAGGUUGUCUAUCUAUAUACAUGUAAUACCUGAUUAACUCAAAAUGAUACCUGAUGAAAUAAAGCAGUUGAUAAGUGAAAUGUUUUAUGUAGGAUAUCCUUACAGACUGAUACACUACAUCCUGGAAAAAGAAAAGAACUUUCAGAUUAGUUUCCAAUAUUUACAGCACAAAGUCAUCCCAAGGUUAGGUUUAAAGAGAAGAAACUGCAGAAUUAACAUUGAUACAGCAAUUACAUUGGCAGUGAAAGAAAUCAGGAAUGGUUGUAAUGGAUGUGAAAAUUUACGUCGUUCUUUGAAAAUAAAAUACCAGUUGCAAAUAACAAGGUCUCUUUCCAGAGAACUUGUUAGAAUCUUAGAUGCAGAUGGUAUUAAAAGGCGUAAAGGUAGAAGAUUAAGAAGAAGACAAUACAUAUCCAAGGGUCCUAACUAUAUUUGGCACUUAGAUGGUUAUGACAAACUAAAGCCCUUUGGCAUAUGUAUACAUGGAUGUGUAGAUGGUUUUUCAAGAAAAAUUAUAUGGAUGUGUGCCAGUAUUACCAAUAAAAGACCAGAAGUUGUAGCUGAUUUCUUCCUGAAAGCAGCUGAUAACAUUAAAGCUUUUCCAACCAAGAUCAGAUGUGACCCUGGUACCGAAAAUGGGUUAGCAGCAGCUAUUCAAGUCACUCACACUUCCAAUGAGAAGUCUGUGAUUUAUGGCUCCUCAGUUUUUAAUCAGAGAAUUGAAAGGCAAUGGGGUUGGUUAAGGCAAAGCAAGUCAGACUUUUGGAUCAAUCAUUUCAAAUGCCUUCAAGCAGAUGGCUUAUUGAAUGUUAACAGUCAAAUUCACAAGUGA